GAUAACACCGAAGACUUGGAUGGCAAGCCGCAGUUGAUCCAGGCUUUGCAGAAUGUGUUUUACAAGAUGCAGUUGUCCGACCAGGCAGUGAACUGCAAGGAGCUCAUGAAGUCUUUUGGGUGGGAUACGAUGGAUGCAUUCACCCAGCACGAUGCGCAGGAGUUGAAUCGAAUUCUGUGCGAUCGGCUGGAGGAGAGGAUGAAGAACACUCCUUCGGAUGGAUCCAUCAAGCGACUCUUUGAAGGUGAGAUGGAGAACUAUAUUGAGUGUAUGGACGUGGACUACAAGUCUCGACGCAAUGAAACUUUUUACGACAUACAGCUGACCAUCAAGUCUCAAAGGGGCCAGGAACUGCAGAACAUCGCUGAGUCUCUUCACGAUUUCACGGCAGAGGAGACGCUGGAAGGCGACAAUGCAUACGAGGCCGAGGGCUAUGGAAAGCAACGUGCAAAGAAGGGCAUUCGUUUUCUCAGGUUCCCACCAGUGUUGAACCUGCAGCUGAAACGCUUCCACUUUGACCUGGAGAAAAUGGACAUGGUGAAACUGAAUUCCCGCUUCGAAUUCCCACGCAAGCUCGACCUCAGCCCCUUCAUGCCAGAUGCAGGCAGAUACAACCUAUUCGCAGUUGUGGUCCACAAUGGGGAUGUCAACAGCGG